AAGGCACCACAGUGUACGGAGUGAGCAUGCGCAUUAGCACCGAAAGGACGAACCACUGGGACUGACGGAGGCUUCAGACCAUCAGACCUGUCGUUUCUUCAGUUUUCUUUCGGUGGCUGCCGUUAUUAAUACGACCGUUUUCACUGGUGAGGUGUAACAACAGAAAUGGCCCGUGGGCACCAGAAGUUCCAGUCCCAGCAAAAAAAUGCCAAAAAGCAGGCAGAGAUCAAGAAGAGCAAAGGACAUGACCAGAAGGCAGCAGCUAAGGCUGCUUUAGUAUACACAUGCACAGUGUGUCGGACUCAAAUGCCAGACCCAAAGACUUUCAAGCAGCAUUUUGAAAGUAAGCAUCCAAAGUCCCCAAUGCCCCCAGAGUUAGUGGGCGUUGAGGCGUAAUAGAUCCACGUCUCUCGGUAAAUGACCGUUGAUGCUGAUUCAGGAUAGGCCUCUACACUUUGUGUGUUUCAGAUAAAAUUUAUUGAGUAAGACUUUGUUAUUCCUCCAGUUAAUGAGUGUUUUUAUGCAGGGAAGUUUUUUUUAAUCUUUCCCCCACCUUCUAAAAUAUGUUCCAUGGCCAGCACUGAAGGACUGAAGCCACACAACAGACAGCUAACCUCUCUCUUAGCUUGCACCAAAAAAAAUGUACAUUUUUCAUUUUUGAUUGUAUGCAAUAUUUGUAGUAUCUGAUCAGUUCAAAGUGUUAAACUCAUAAGACCUGCUUGUCUAUAGACCCUGCCACUGCUACACCAUCUCAGGCCCUCAAAGCUGAUGAUCUUUUGCACCCAAAUCUGGCAUAUCCAAAUGUAUAUUAUUUUUUUCUUGAAGAUUUAUUUGUGUUGCACCAGAUUUGGUCUAAUUAUGACGGUUAAUCCAGAAUGACAGUGGAGUCUGUAAUGUGCAUUGAAGGGCACAUUUAAAAGCACUCGUUGGCUUUUCUGUUAACCUCCAACCUGCACUGAUAUCUUUUUUAUGUUUUUUUUUCUACCCCAGAUGAGAAGUUUUAACACACUGUGCUACACGGGUAUCUUGUAAAAAUUGAUCAGAGGGCUCUGCAGGUCCAGUUACACAAAUCUUUCUAUGACUGAACCGUUAAACUCUGCUGCAUUUCAUUUCUUAGAAGUGGUCUCUUAGAUGAAGAAAAUAGCAGUGGGUGUCGUAAAUGAUAACACUUAUGAGCUACUCCUGUUACCUCCAGUUUGUCAUAAUCAAACAUUUGUGGCAUAACUGUGCACAACUAGUUUUUAUAAGAACUUAGAACCCCCAGUGCAGUCUCUCUUAUCCAGUCAUGAUGGCACACGAUGGUGCAAAAGUAUUUCCCUCUGAACUUGCAUUAAAAACUCUAAAUUCCAUUACACUGUAAGUUAGCUUGAUUCUUAUUUUUGUAUUAGUAUCCUAUCAUAGCAUGCUAACAGACAGAUUUAAUUUAUAGAAAGGAACUAUUUUCAAUAUGUUUGGACUUGAUGGUCUACAACCACUGACAUUAUAUCACUGUGCUAAAGUCUGGACUGACAACCAGCCAUGUUUUUACUUUUGUAAUAAUCAUAUCUUUGUCUGCGCGAUGUAAUGUAUAGCCUUUUAAUAAAGGUCUUUUAUAUUAA